AUGCGACACCUAGCAAAGAGGGACUUCCGCACCCUGGUCAACACCAAUGCUGAAGACAAGGCCAAGUUCUUGCUUGGUCUCGCAUACGUACUGCCAGACCACUAUUUCUGCGGGAACUGUUGUCAGCUGCACAUUUUCAACCGCCAUGGCUCCUCACGAAUGCCGUCUCACUGCUGGGAUGAUUCGGUCAACCAUCGGCGCAGUUGUGCGAUCCUUUACGACUUACAACACCAGCACGUUCAACUGGCCUUGAAAUAUAACCGUCUUGGAGGAUUCUAUGACCAUGCAGCUGCGAAGUUUAUGCGAUCUUAUCGACAAUCAUGCUCUGGCGGCCCUUUGGGAUCAAACAUACACUUCUCUGCCACGCCCGAGAUCAAGAAUUUCCGUUUUCUCCUACAUGAAGAAUGGAAACUCCAGGCUAGCCUCACUGCAACUCCCGACUCUACGGAUGUUUACCUCCCUAUCUGCAAUCACAUAGACCUUUGGGGCCAUAAGCCGCCCGUUCAUUCCACUACCGAGAUCUUGGGUACAGUAUGGGCUUUGGUACGCCAUGCAACGCCGUUUAAGGAUAGUGAAGCGGAAAGAAGUUACGCACCUCGUGGUUCUUGUAAAACAUGCUCGACGAGUUACGAGUUCAGUGUCUCCAGGGCAAACGGGGUUGUAGUAAAGACAACCCACGACUACGGUAUGUUCAAUUCCCUGGAUGAGUGGAAGAGACGCAGUCGGAAAAAUCGCAUAGUUUGGGCAACAAGCAAGUUGGACUUUGGUUUCGUCGAAACCGAUUCGGGAGAGUUUGAGGAGGCGAUUUUUGAAGAAUGA